UGAUUCGUAGCUCAUAUGGAUGGUCACUUGAGCCAAUCUGCCGUCACUUCAAUGAGGUGCUUAGAGGUAUUCUAUCAUUAUGCCAUGAAUUUAUCAAGCUUCCUGAUCCAUCAGCUGUACAACCUGAGGAUUCCAAGUGGAAGUGGUUUGAAGAUUGCCUUGGAGCAUUAGAUGGUACACACAUUGACGUUUUUGUGCCUUUAGCUGACCAAGGGAGGUAUAGGAAUAGGAAGCAACAGAUUACCACCAAUGUUUUAGGGGUUUGUGAUCGUCACAUGAAAUUUGUUUACGUCUUAGCGGGAUGGGAAGGAUCAGCUUCAGAUUCACGUGUGCUACGUGAUGCAAUGUCUCGGGACGAUGCAUUUGUUAUUCCAAGUGGGAAAUACUAUCUAGUAGAUGCGGGAUACACCAAUGGACCGGGCUUUCUUGCUCCAUAUCGAUCCACUCGCUACCACUUGAAUGAGUGGGCUGCUCAAGGGCAUAACCCAUCCACUGCCAAAGAACUAUUCAAUUUGCGCCAUUCAACUGCUAGAAAUGUGAUAGAGAGAACAUUUGGGCUAUUGAAGAUGAGGUGGGCUAUACUAAGAAGCAACUCAUAUUUUGACUUGCAAAAUCAGAUUAGGAUCAUUAAUGCUUGCUGCAUAUUGCACAACUUUGUAAUUGAUAGACAGAGAGAUAUGGAUGAUUUACUUAUACACCAAGUUGAUCAAGUAAUAUCUUUUGAACCUCAUGAAGUUCAAAGUGAAGUGGGUAUGAUUACCAAUGUUCAAUCAACAAAUGAAUGGAGCAAUUUUAGGGAUACCAAAGCUAACCAAAUGUUUGCUGAUUACCAAGCAAGACGUGGUCAAUGAUAUGGAGAAGGGCAAGAAGUCAGGCUCGGGCAGGGGUUACAUUUCUUGGAAUGAUGACAUGGACAAGGCUCUUCUUGACACAUUUGUGGAGUACUAUAACAAGGGUGACAGAUGCCAGAAUGGGUGGAAGUCUCAUGUCUAUACAACUGCUAUCAAGAAUGUCCGAGAAAAGUGUAAUGUGGAUAUCUCAAAAGACAAUAUCAUGGCGAGGAACAAGACCUUUGACAAACACUACACUAUCAUCAAUGGUAUGCUGGAAUCAAGUGGAUUUGGUUGGGAUUGGAACAAAAAUAAAAUAUCUGUUGAUAGUGAUGCUGUAUGGGAAGAAUAUGUGGCGAAAAACAAAGAAGCUUCUGGUUAUAGGCACAAGACUGUCUUGUACUGGGACUCAAUCAGCUUGGUGUUUGGCAAAGACCAUGCUACCGGUGAAGCGGCAAGGACUGCAGCUGAGAGCUCAAAAGACAUGAGUAAGGAAGAUCUUAGUAACAAAGAGCCCACAUCAUCGGCAACUUCAGGAAGUUUAAAGAGGCAACGGUCAGGCGACUCUUUUACCUCUAUGAUGGCUGAAAAACUAGACAAGUUUGCUGAAGCACUAAAGGAGGAAGCCCCUAAAGGACCAACAUCAAAAGAAAUUCUAGACACACUGAAUGAAGUACAAGGAUUGGAUGAAGACACUUUGUUGGACCUAUUUGAUAUCCUGACCGGUGACGCACGCAAGUACGAGUCUCUGUUGGCGCUUCCAGAGAGGAUGAGGAAGAGGUGGCUUCUAAAACAGCUCAACAAGUGAAGAAACUAGUUCAUCUAUAUCAAGUGAUGGAUAAUAUCUAUUGAACUUGUAAUAAUAUGUAGCUCAUCUGAAAGUAUUAUCUUGUAUUUUAUCUGUAUUUUCCUAGCUGGAGGUAUGUAACUCGUGUAUGAUGUGGUUUUCUUCGAAAACAGUGCUAAGUAUUAGUCUGAAAACA